ACAAAUUUUUUCCGUGAGGCGGAACUCGGUGCAGAGCGAACGAGCACCAAGAAGGGCCUGCGUCGGUUUCCGUCUUCGCCGGCGAGUUCUGUAAGCCGGAAAAGGAAGCUUAAGGACUAGUAAACCAGAACGACAUCAAAUGCAAGUUUCACUACUUACAUCUUAAUUUAUUCCGAGUGAAAAUACAGAAUCUCCCAUCUUUCUCAUCCGUCCACUCCGCUCCUACCAGAAACCUUUGAGAAAGGGGGAAAGGGCUAUAAAUACAGAAGCCCAGGUUUGCGCCAGCAAUGGUGGAGGUAUGGUGGUCCUUAGUCGGGGCUGCUAUUCCAGCUCUUAUUGCAGGACAAGCCAUUCGAGCCAAGAGGAGGAGAGCUGAAGAAAAACGACUCGAGAGUGCUCGUGGCCGUGAGAAAAGCUCUGAUGAUAUAUUUGUCUGUGAGAGGGUCUGCACUUCAAAAAGAAUGUUGAAGAAAGUUGGUGCCUUCUCCAAAGAUCCCACCCCUGAUACUUGUGUUACGGUCUGUGGUGUUUCUCUUCUUGAUGCUUGUACCGAUGCUUGUGCACGCACGGUUUGUGUCAAUCAAAAUCAAGUUCCCCACUGGAAUGAUGUUUGCCUCCGACGUUGCCAAAAUGAAUGCUUGCGGCUUUCUUCGUCUCCUACUAACUAAGAAGAUCAGAAUCAUGAAUGAAUCUUUUUGAUGGUUUGUAUUCAAUUCCAAAAGGGUAAUCAUUGCCAAUUAAUCAAUGCGUUCUUGCUUAGGUUAUGCUGUUUUAUUAUUGAUUUGUAAACCAUUUCUAUGAGCUACACUUUGGAAAACACUUUUGAAUGGCUCUUGAUUA